AUGUUAUUCCAACGAGCUGAAAAAUCAAUCUGGCAAAAUUCUGUACGUUUUUUACGAAAUAACAAAAAAUGGUUACCGAAACCCGAGCCGGAAACAUUUGAAAAUGUUGUGUUUCCACCAAACGGAGAGUAUAAAUUGCCAGCAAUGCCGGAGGAACCGACUUAUGAUCCCGCAUUGGGUGAAUGUAAAUAUAAGUCAUCAAAGCAGCUCGUCAGUAUCCGUGGUGUUGAGGAAGUGCAUACAGAAUUGAUCCAUAAACAAUACGGCCUUGCUGCCGUUGCUGGUGGCUUCAUUAGUGCAUAUGAUUUCAAUUUUAUUCGUGACCGUUUAAAUAGAAAUCUUCUAAAAAAUCAGUUUGCAAUAUGGAGAGUUCCGGCACCGUGGCUUCCUCGUACGAAGAGGGCAAUUGGGGCAAAAGCGGGUAGUGGUAAGGGGAAUAUUCAUCAUUAUGUUACACCUGUUCGAGCAAAGAGAAUUAUUUUGGAAGUCGGUGGUUACAUUAUGGAAUUGGAGGCUAGGGCUUACCUGAUGUAUCUUUGCGAACGAUUCCGUUUUCCUGUGGAAUUUAUUAGCGAAAAAAUAUUGGAGGAGAAGAAGCUUCAGGAGAAAAAGAUUGAGGAAAUGAAUGUUAAUAAAUUUAAUUGGGAUUUAGCUUUGAAAUAUAAUAUGCAAAAUUGCCGCAAAUGGCUAUCGUAUUAUGAUAUCGCUUUUAAAUGCAAAUAUACAUAA